AUUGGGUACAGUGUGCGGGUCGUGUGGCUGCUUUAGUUCUGCGGUACCGUCAGAAGUUGGCCAGGUCCGAGAGCUAUUCGCUUUCUUAUCUCUAUCUCUAUCCUCGCGGGAAAGAAGAAAGGUGGGCCUGCGAGCUUAAAAGACGGCUGGGACGCCAGGCCAUUCGUCUCUUCUUCGACGGACCUCUUCCUCUUCCUCCUCUCCUCCCUUUCCUCUUCCUCAUCCUGUCCCCUCCACUCCUCCCAGCUUGACGAAACAGGAUGGCGACGGAAAUGCCCGUGUCGCGGGUGAAGCAGGUCAAAUCACUAUGGGCCGCGCGACUGGACCGACUCAACGACGCCGUUGCUCGCUCGCCAGUUGGCUACUACUUCAAGCUCCAGGGCUCUGGUCACCCCCUUGAGCGCAAGGGAGCCGUGUUCUCCGUCGAGCUCCGAGCUGGCCUUGUCACCUUUGCUGCCAUGGCCUACAUCAUCUCGGUCAAUGCCUCGAUUCUGUCGCUGUCGGGUGGUCCUUGCGUCAAGAGCCCGGGUGUCGCAGAUGCUGUCGCCUAUGCUACGUGCAAGCAGGAGCUCCAGCAGGACUUUGUCACAGCCACAUCGGCCAUCAGUACCCUGGCCACUGGCCUCAUGGGUCUCUUGGCCAACAUGCCCCUCGGACUGGCACCAGGUCUGGGUGUCAAUGCCUACUUUGCCCUCACCAUCGUCGGGAUGGACGGCCAGGGCCUCAUUCCCUACGGCCAGGCCCUUGCCGCCGUCUUUCUCGAAGGCUGGAUCUUCUUCUUCCUCUCCAUCCUCGGCCUCCGUCAGUGGCUCACCCGUCUCAUGCCUCGCUCCAUUACGCUGGCUACGGGUGCUGGUAUCGGCAUGUAUCUCGCCCUCAUCGGUCUCGGUCCAAACGGUCUGUCGGCCGUCGGAGGCAACUAUUCUGACCUGCUCGGGCUGGGCGGCUGUCCCGAUGAGUACAAGGACGACAACGGAUACUGCCAGUCGCACCUUCUCCAGUCGCCAAAGGUCUGGCUCGGCGUCUUCCUCGGCGGCAUCCUCACGGGACUCCUGCUCCUGUAUCGAGUCAAGGGUGCCUUCCUCUGGCCCAUCAUCCUUGUCUCCAUUGCCAGCUGGCCUCGGUCGAGUGCUGUGACCGAGUUUCCGCACGACAACGGUGGACAGGGCGACCUCGGCUUUGACUUUUUCAAGAAGGUCGCCACCUGGCACUCGUUCAAGCACUUGGGCGCCGAGAACAUCGACUUCAACUACGGAAGCGGCAAAGUUUGGCUGGCGCUCAUCAGCAUCCUCUACGUCGACAUCACCGAUGUCAGUGGUACCCUCUUUGCCAUGGCUCGCCACGCCGGCCUCCUCGACGAGGUCCUGACGGGUGACUUUGAGGGCUCGUCGGCCGCAUACCUCGUCGACAGCUUCUGCAUCUCCAUCGGCGCCCUCUUUGGUCUCAGCCCGUCUACGGCUUUCAUCGAAUCUGCGUCUGGUAUCGCCGAGGGUGGUCGUACCGGCCUCACAGCCAUUUCGACGUCGUUCUUCUUCUUCCUCAGCCUCUUCUUUGCCCCCAUCUUCGCCUCGCUCCCCUCCUGGGCCACUGGCUCCACGCUUGUCAUCGUCGGCUCCCUCAUGAUGCGCACCGUCACCACCAUCAACUGGGACUACCCGGGCGACGCGAUCCCCGCCUUCCUCGUCAUUGCCGGCAUUCCCUUUUUCUUCAACAUUGCCUACGGUCUCAUCGCCGCCAUCAUCUCCUGGAUCCUCCUCCACAACAUUCCCCUGCUCCUCAGCAAGAUUCACCCCUCGCUCAAGCCGCCCGGAUGGGACACGGAAAAGGAGCCAUACGACGUGGCGGGAAGCAUGCGCGGGCAGAAGUUCACCUUCAAGACCCUCCUCCCGCCCUAUGCCAAGAAGAUUGUCGAGGGCAACUGGACCUUCUGGAGGCCCACGGAGGAGGAGAUGCAGAUUGCCAUCGAGGGAAGGAGGCUGACGCAGGAGCGGAACGCGCUCCGCGAGGAGCAGCGGCAGCGAGACAGGAGGAUGCUGCGGGAGCAGCAGCGCAUGCAGCACCGCGAGGGCGUCGACGUCGACACCGUCCUGCCCCGCACCGCCACGCAGCAGGAGCUCCAUCGUCGGAAACAGCAGGAUGGCGAGGACAGCUCCUUCGAGGGUGGUAAGGAGGAGAGCGAUGGCCACCAGACCCAAAACCGUCGGCAGGGCGACGACGAAAAGGCAACUCAUCACCUCGAGGAGCCAUGAUGGAGUGCGCGCUUCUCAGCCGCAACGUUCAGUACUUUAUUUGGUUGUUUUGGUAGAUACUUGUGUGUAUAGUUACAAAGAGAGAGAGAAUGUGGCAAGAU